AUGUUAAAGGACUGCACCUUGCAGAAAAGUGGCUGCCCGGAGCCCGUAACCAUGCGGGUCCUGUUGAGCGUCCUGUACCCCGUCCUCUCCCUCACCAUCUUCGGAUUAUACCCCUCUAUGACUAUCAGCCCAAAGGAGGGCUGGCAGGUGUACAGCUCGGCCCAGGAUGCUGAUGGGCGCUGCGUCUGCACAGUGGUGGCACCGGGACAGAGUCUGUGCUCCAGAGAUGCCAAGAGCAGACAGCUCCGCCAGCUACUGGAAAAGGUGCAGAACAUGUCUCAGUCCAUUGAGGUGCUGAACCUGCGGACUCAGAGGGAUUUCCAAUAUGUCAUGAAGAUGGAAAACCAGAUGAAGGGCCUGAGGACCAAGUUCAAACAGAUUGAGGACGACAGGAUCAUAGCCAGAAACUUCCAGGAGCUUAAGGACAAGAUGGACGAGCUGAAGCCGUUGAUCCCUGUACUGGAGCAGUACAAGAUGGAUGCUGCGCUCAUUUCCCAGUUCAAGGAGGAGAUCAGGAACCUCUCAGCAGUGCUGACAGGCAUCCAGGAGGAGGUUGGGGCCUUUGACUACGAUGAGCUCUAUCAGCGAGUCCUGCGACUGGACGGCCGGCUCCGCAGCUGUAUGGGCAAACUAACGUGUGGGAAAUUAAUGAAAAUCACUGGACCUGUUACAAUAAAGACAUCUGGAACCCGGUUUGGGGCAUGGAUGACUGAUCCUCUAGCAUCGACCAGAAACUACAGGGUUUGGUACAUGGACAGUUACACUAACAGCAAGAUUGUGCGCGAGUACAAGACGAUGGACGACUUUGUAGCAGGGGUGGUUUCCCGAACCUACAACCUCCCAUUUAAAUGGGAGGGAACCAAUCACAUUGUCUACAACGGAUCCCUUUACUACAACAAGUACCAGAGCAACAUAAUUGUCAAGUACAGCUUCGAGACAGGCAGCGUGUUGGCUCAGCGAGCUUUGGAAUUCGCCGGCUUCCACAACAUGUACCCGUACACAUGGGGGGGGUACUCCGACAUCGACGUCAUGGCUGACGAACUGGGAAUGUGGGCUGUGUACGCGACCAAUCAAAAUGCUGGAAAUGUCGUCAUCUCCCAGAUUGACCCUGACACCCUACAGGUCAUGAAGACUUGGAACACCGAAUACUCCAAAAGGAACGCGGGCGAAUCAUUCAUGAUCUGUGGGACGCUCUACAUCACUAACUCUCACCUGUCCGGAGCGAAGGUUUACUACGCUUACUCUACCAAGACUUCAACUUACGAGUACAUAGACAUUCCUUUCCACAACCAGUACUUUCACAUCUCCAUGCUUGACUACAACGCCAGAGAGAGAGCACUGUACGCCUGGAAUAACGGACACCAGGUAAUAUUUAAUGUCACCCUCUUUCAUGUCAUAAAAACUGAUGAUGACUCUUAAACAUGAUACUUUUCCAACCAAAACUAAAGCACCAUCGUUUGUGAUAU